AUGAGUAAAUUUGAUCUCACCCUCCCUUCGUUCGCAAGUCGCCAGUGGUCCUCCCAGCGGGACACAGGCCAGUCGCCCUCAUCGCUAAAAGUCGGAGGCCUUGCGCACACCAUCGCCACCACGGCGGCGCCAACGGGCCAGUACCCGGCGACUAACCCGUUCUCGUCGUCGUCGGCCGCCGCAGCCAAGAUUUCCUUCUCGAGCUUCAAGCAGGGCUUCACCAGCACCACAAACUACCUCCGGCGGCGCUUCUCGUCGGGCGACCUCUCCGGGGAGCUCGACGACCAACCCGGGGCCGCCGGCGAUGCGCCCGCCGCCUCCGGUGCACCGGCCGGGCCACCGGCCAACGCCGCGGGCAGCGCACAGCCCGGCGACACCGACCUGUCGCUCAACCUGCGCCCCAGCUCGGCCACCAGCGCGCCCAGCUCGCCGGCCAGGAGCGGAGUCAGCUCGUUGCUGUCGCGCGGCGCUUCGCUGACCGGGCGUGUGGUGGGCGGAGGUGGAUCGGGCACUGUCGUCGGCAAGGAGCGACAACUCACGUUGCUCGUGGUGGACGACGCGCACACCGACUGGUCCAAGCACUUCCGUGGCCGCAAGGUUCAUGGCGAGUGGGAUGUACGCGUCGAGCAGGCCGAAUUCAAGGAUCUCAGCAUAUGGUCCAGCUCGGAGACAGGCGCCACCGUCAGCAUGGCGGCCAUGAGGCAGGGAACCAAGGUGGUUCGCUCUUUCCGGCCCGACAUGGUGCUUGUGCGGCAGCAUGUGCGCGAUGGCAGCCGUGACGACCGGCCCUUCCUUCUAGGCCUGCGGCUCGGAGGCGUGCCGGCUGUCAACUCUCUACACAGCCUGUACAACUUCCAGGACAAACCGUGGGUGUUCGCCCAGCUACAGAGCGCCCAGCGCCGUCUAGGCCGGGAACAAUUCCCCCUGAUGGAGCAGAGCUUCUUCCCGAACCACGCCGAUAUGCUGGCCGCCUCCAAGUUUCCCUGCGUGGUCAAGGUGGGCCACGCACAUGGCGGAAUGGGCAAGGUGCGCGUGCAGAGCCAGCAGGAGUUGCAGGACGUGGCGGGACUAGUGGCGCUCGCUGGCGGCUACUGCGUCGUCGAGCCGUUCGUCGAGGCCAAAUGCGACCUUCACAUCCAGAAGAUCGGCUCUGCAUACAAGUGCUUCGUGCGCAAGAGCAUCAGCGGCCACUGGAAGGCGAACGUGGGCUCGGCCAUGCUCGAACAGGUGCCCCUCGCCGACCGGCACCGUCUCUGGGUGGACACAGUGUCCGAACUGUUCGGAGGCCUCGACAUCUGCGCCGUCGAGGCCAUACAGGCCAAGGACGGCAGGGAGUUCAUCACCGAGGCCAACGACUCAGCUAUGCAGCUUUUGGGCGAGAGCCAGGAGGAAGACAGGCGCUUCAUCGCUGACCUGGUGCUCCAGCGGAUGCAGCAGUACUGCCGGCCGCCCCAGCAGGUGGGCGCUCCGCCCGUCGCACCACCCGCGGCUGUAGCACCCACCGUGGCCAGUGCGACCCCGCCAGCCACCGCCACACAGGAACCGCGUGCGGCUGCCAACCCGCGGCCACGGCGAGCGAGCCAAACGAGUGAGAAGGGCGAGGACCCGGACGACACCAUGAGGAACCUGCGCAAGACUUUCGCCGGCGUUUUCGGGGACAUGUAGGCCAGACGAGACUGCAUACUGAAAGCAAGCAACCCGCUUAGUCGUAGCUCAUCGUGUACUAUAGAAGACGCUGCAGGGCAACCUCGGUGAUGACACAGAGUCCCCUAAGGGGCAAAUAAAAUGCCCAGAGACACUCGCCCCACUGUCGUGGCAAACACCACAGCCGUGUUGAUACUUCUGCGCUCUUUCACUAUUUACUGCUGUUAAUAAGCAACCUUCAGUCUCUCAGGAAACCUGUCUUCAAAGCUACACUUAGAGUCUUAGACUAAGAGACAAUGUGCCAUAGACAAUGCACUUACUGAAUGUUGCCAAACGUGGGCAGACAUAUAACUUUAGUUCCGAAUAUCACCAAGGUCAAAUUACCCUUAAUAUGGCCAAGGGAUUUGUAAGAACGUUGCGAUGCACCAUGAUAUGCGAUUGCGUACAACCAACGGAUCCGUCCUCAGUUCGGCAGGCCUUAAUUCCAUUUUACUAAUCGUCCUGCGUUUUCUUCCUGCGGACGUGUACUAGCCAUCACGAUGUUAAUAAUGAGCCUAAAUAUUAUUCUGAAUUCGUUUCUGACAAUCAGCUACAGGCACGCCUAGAAAGCCUUGGGUGAGCACAUCCGGGCAGAAAGCUCUUCAAAUCUGCGCAACUUAACCUAUGUUUUGCUAAAAGCCACCGGACAUGCUCCUCCAUGUAGAUGGCUUUAUGUUGGUGCCACUCACGCUUUUGAGUGAUAUCUGAUACGGGCGGCUACUUCGUGCUUCCUGUGCCUUACAGCACAAACGCUUUACAAAUGGCAAGGACUCAUGAUAUAUAGUAGAGAGAUGCUUAUCUUCCUUAUAGUUGGCCAUUGAGGAACAACGGAAUGCUGCCCUUUGCGUGGACAUUGAAGCAUGCGUCGGUUGCCUCAUCGUCGAGUACACAUCCUUCGGAAUCGGAAAAAACUUGUGUAUCGCUCCGUGUUCCGAGAGCAAUGCAGUAAGUUAAGAAAGGGCACGAUAACAUAUGUAUGCUUCAGUCUAUGUAUGAAAUCUUCACAAUAUUGCUAUUUUUUAAGGUAAUGAGAUACAUGAAGCCUGAAACUCCAUGACUCAUGCUCAUUAAGGACAGGAAAAAAGGAUUUUCUCGUACAGUCAAGAUGCACAGCACACAUAAAGCAGGCUGUCAAAGCACUGAAGGUAGAAAGCUUAAUUUGUGUGUCAUAUUCUUGUAUGAAUAUGACCAACAUAGGAGUGACGUAUGAUAAAAUGUUCAAAAUGGAAAAGCCACAGCCAACAGUUACCAGUCGAUGUUUCGGCUAUUCAAUGGUGCCAUUGGUUUGGUAAAGCAAUGCGUACCAGUUUAAUUAUGAACAAGCUUCAAAAGACAUACCAUUCAAGGUUGGUCAUGUUUAUUGGUAUUAAACAGCAAUGUACACAACAUCAUUGAAACUGUACACAGUAUGCAAGAGACUAUCAGCGUCAAAUGAACACCGGCAAGCCUACGCGAUGCUAUAGUGCGCGCCGUCCACUUAUUGCCAUGGACAGGCACGCAUAUAUGCCCAGAGCUGCCGAAGAAGAUGCGCGCGCAUGUCAAUAGCGAUAACUGGAUGGUGUGCACAACAAUAUCGCGAAGGCUUGCCGCUGUUCGGCUUUCAUUUGACGCCGAUAGUACAUUAUGUAAAAUAGAUUAGCACAUGUUCUGUAAUGAUGAGUCGGAAGACUACUCAAAUGCUGAGCCCUCAUUGGUUCAUGUGGGGGGCUUGCGUAUGUCACCGAGGUUCUCCUGCAGCGCCUUCCUGCGUCGAGCAGCUGUGAUGCUGAUGCAGCUCGUUAUUAACGUCGUUGUUGUUAAAAAGACGCAGCCGAGCGACAAGGCAGGCGGCAUUGUGGCCAAUGCCAAGGUUGCGUAGACGCUUUUCAUGAUGGACUGCAUGACCAGAAUUUUUGUUUGCCCGUUGCACUGUGCUAUCAGUCAUGACUGCCAGCUACAGAGGUCAUUUUGAUGACCACGACACUUUCAAAAGUUCCUGCUUUGUCAAGCCUGAUGAUCCACGAUGCUCUCUGGUCCUUGUUACACCUGCUCAGUUCAGGCUCUAAGAAAACCACCUUCCAUUCCACCUACAAAUUUUUGAAUGGUCAUGCUUGUACACUUGACUUUGGCCAAAUUUUAUCUUUAUUAUUUUAGUACCUAACAACAAGAAUUCAACCUGACCGGCCCUAGUAGGGACACAACGCCUUUUGAGGUGCACAAAUACAGGACGAAAGAAAAUCUUUGUAACUCUUUCACUGGGCAAUAGUGCUCGCUCUUCUUGAGAAGUUCAUUCAGUUGAACAUCCUUGCCCUGCAAAUGACAGCGCAUCGUUAACUUUUGUUUCAUUUUAUGCAACCCAAUAACAUUAGGACACCUUACAUGGCAUCUUCUUACAGUGUACCAUUUUCAGCUAAGCAUACCACAUUUCCAUUCAUUGUCUAGAUACAAACAAGUCAAAAAUGGUACAAAAGUAAAAAGCUUGACACGGAGAUGCAUUCGCUGUGUGCGUAUGACAACAAAAACGCUCGAGAAGAAAAGGAAAGGAAUAAACUGAACAACUUGAAGGACAGAGCUUCUUGAGGGGGGCACAGAUGAAACUGAAGAUCAGAAAUGAGUACAGUGCGUUGGCCACGAUGCCCCUCCUGUCAGGGUGCAGUGAUGAUCCCCUGCAUCCGACGCAGGCAAUGGUGCUUGCUUGAGACAGCACUGUUUCGAGUGCGAGUACAGCUGCGAAGCCGCUCGAGUGAAAGGAUGGCCACAGCGAACAGACUACCAGCGAGAUACCGUUCAGUAUUUCCUGCAGCAUCGAGCACAGCAUCCUCUCUUGUGCACUGCCAGAAAAUGCAGCUCUGCACCAACAUUUCAACAGAGAGGAACUGUUGGCCGUGGCACCAUCUUUGUUCUCCCAGCAUUCAUAGUCCAUCUUUCAGUAGAAAGUUUAUGGUAGGCUACUGGCCAUGGCGUUAUGCCGCUGUGCUCAAGGUCGUGGGAUCUACAUUGGCUGCAUGUCAAUGGGUGCAAAAUGCAGAACAUCCUCUUGUGCUUAGGUGCGAGUAAAAGAACCCCACAUGUUUAAAGUUGAUUCGUAGUUUCCCUCAACGUAUGACAUGGUUCUGGGAUGCAAAAGAUGAAAAAUGUAAUUAAGAACUGAGGACAUUGUGGCAAAAGUCGCAAAGUUUUGGUACACAUACACGGUGCUUUUGUCCUUAUUGUAAUGCACCAUUCCAUCUCUCACGUUGCAGGUCUGCAUAGAAGACAACUGCUAAGGACAAACUUGCAAAUGCCACCAAACGUUAGCUAUUGUGGGCUUGGUGUUUCUGUCCUGUAGCCAUCCGCCUCCCUCGCUGCGUGCUGAGCACACAAGCUCAGGCUGAUUUACUGUGUGUCUGCAAUGGAGUCCAGGACUCCAUUUUAAAUGGUGUGAUAUUUAAGUGCUAAUCAAUGCUCGUUCCACACACUGGGUACCCCACAGUGUGACAAGCAAGUUAUUCUUCAAAUGUAGAAAUAAAUGUGCAUACCCGUUCGCUUACCCUUCUCUUGUGAACCCCUUCACAACUCCAUAGAGCUUCCUUCAAACAGAGGCAAGCGUGACGCAGUCUCUGAUCACCGCGUUUGGAAUGAUGGGAUGUGUUUACAUGGCUAUGUCAGUCUUAAUUUCUUUUCUGUUCACUUCUCCAGCUUCCGUUUGUUUUGUCGAUGCUACUGCCAUAAGGUUAAGAUACUCGGCAUCUGCACGCAGCCAGACCACAGUGGUGUGGUGCAACAUCUGUUGGUACUGGCUAUUACUGUGGCAGAUUCAUAUGCAAAAAAUGCCAGACUUGAUGCUGUCUUGUGGCUAAUGCACAGUUUUUAGGCAGUAAUUUUUUGAAGGACAGGUAUGACAAUUUAGCAACAUUCAGGUGUGGUUUUGCUGCCAGAACACGUCAUCUAUUCGUUGCCAUUGUUGUGCUUCUCGUUGUUCCUGCAUUGCUCGCACGCAGAGAGAAAGCAGCACCACGUUUUCCUCUCAGUCAAAGCUCUAUGGCCGCUCUCCUUCGAAAUAACGAUCGUCUCGAUGAUCCACUGCCAGGCUUGCCAGCCCAAGAGUCACUCGAGCCAGUUGUAUUGCUGCUUGCAAAUCCAAAAAUAGCAAAAAUGUGUGCGCUGACGAAUGGCGGAGUAGGACAAAGAAGGCAAUAAAGAAUGUGACAUCCCAAA